AUGCCCUAUCCGUGGGAAGUUUCUCCCGGUCGGUCACGACAAGAAGACAUCUUCAAGGAAUCUGUUGAUCCCCAUCUUGAUCCUGCACCUCGAGAACCUUCCGACGCGCCGGUUACCGCUGUGUCGCCACCGCGGGGCGCCUCUAAUCCAGAAGAAGAAGGCGCGCCGCCGAAGGUGAGCCGUUUAAAAAUCCCGUUGUUUGUUGACCGUUCAUCAGUCUCAACGGUAUUCAGUCAAGUUUGA